ACUUUAGAGCCAAAGCUUCCCCCUUGAUUCUAAUUAUUUUAAGUAUAUUCUUCCCUUUAAUCAAAUGCUUCCUCAAAUUCCCACUUGGGCUUCUUUGACUUGUUCUAUUCAUCACCAAUUCUAUAUAAACCAAACCCAAUCCCUUAGCUUCUUUUAUCAAUAACACCACCAUCAUCGUCACGUCUGAGAUUCACUUCACUUUUUGUCUACAAACUUUAAAAGGGUUUAAUCAAAUCAAUAUGGCUUCAAAUGGGUUUCUCUUGGCUGCUCUGUUCCUGUCUUGUUUCUUGGGAUUUUCUCUUGGAAAUAUCCAUCUCUCUUCUCUUCCAAGAACUUUGGAGGUCACUGCUUCACCGAAACCUGGACAAGUUCUUAAAGCGGGUGUUGAUAAAAUCAGGGUGACAUGGGUUUUAAAUGGGACCGUCAAAGCUGGGUCGGAUUCGAGUUACAAGAACAUCAAGGCGAAGCUCUGCUACGCGCCGGUGAGCCAAGUGGACAGAGCGUGGAGGAAAACAGAGGACGAUCUUAAAAAGGAUAAGACUUGUCAAUUCGACAUCGUGGAAAAGCCGUACAAUCCAGCGAACAAGACGGCUCAAAGCUUUGAGUGGACGGUGGAGCGUGACGUUCCGACGGGGACUUUCUUCGUUAGAGCCUACGUUUUUAAUUCUGCCGGCCAAGAAGUGGCGUACGGCCAAACCACAGAUGAUAAGAAAGGAACGAACUUGUUUCAAAUUGAAUCGAUUACUGGUCGUCAUGUUUCAUUAGAUAUUGCCUCCGUUUGCUUCAGUGCUUUCUCUGUGGUAUCGUUGUUCGGAUUCUUCUUCAUCGACAAGAGGAAGGCCAAGAAGGCGGCGGCGGCGGCGGAGGCGUCAGGGCAUUAAGUUAAGAAAGGUGGGAACUUGCUCUGUUUUGAGUUUCCUUCUCAGCUUGUGACAAUGGUGAUCUGCUUGAUCAAGAAUAGACUUUAUGAGUUUCAUUAUUGUUAUUAACUUUUUGAAGUCUUUUUGCAUUUACUGUGAUUUUCUAGGGGAAAAAAGAAUCGGAUGUGUUGAGAAAAAGAAGGGUUUGGUAUGAUAUGAUAUAUGGUGGAGAAUAAAAGUGUACUAAUGUGUUUUAAUGUUGUUGUGGAAAUUUUAAUGACAAUAUUUUAAUAUUUAUUGGC